AAAAAAAAUAGCAGUAAUAAGUACUUGGGAAAGAAAUAGGUUUGGUUUGUAAGAGGAAGAGGAAAAUGGGACUGGGACUGAGCGCGACGGCGAUCGGAGCGUUACUGGGUUUGGGUACACAGAUGUACUCCAAUGCUCUCCGGAAACUCCCCUACAUGCGCCAUCCGUGGGAGCACGUCAUCGGAAUGGGUUUGGGUGUUGUGUUCGUGAACCAGCUUUUCAAAUGGGAUGCCCAGUUGGAGAUUGACCGCGACAAGAUGAUCCAAAAGGCCAGGGACGCCAACGAAAGACGUUACAUAGAGGAAGAUGAUGAUUAAUACAUGUCUUCAAGGACUGCAGCAGUUGGCGAAAAUAAUCAUGAAAUAUGUUGAACUCGUUGCCUUUGUUUCUGAUUUCAUGGUGCUAUGUUUGUAAGUUAAGUCUGUCGAAACAUUUUCAUGCUAAUCAACCUAUUUUUGUGCACUAGCUUUUGCAAGCAGUGAAACUGUUACAUGAUAAUGUUCUGGCCUUGUGGCUUCAUUGGUAAUAAGAUUAAAUCCCAUGACUUGCUUGACUGUAAUAUCACGGGAACUGUGACUUCAAUACCUCUUA